AUGUCUCUAUGCUCCGAAAUUCAUGAGCCAUCAUACACAGCCCAACAGAGAAGAGACUCAAAGGCCCAGCCCAUCCGCAAGCGCAUAAUCAUCUGCUGCGACGGAACAUGGCAAUCUGCCGUCUCAGGCCAAAAAAAUGUCCCAUCUAAUGUUACACGUCUCUGCCGCGCUCUGAACAGUGUCGGAACCGACUCACACGGGCACCAAUGGCAACAAAUCGUCUGGUACGAUUCCGGAAUUGGCACGACCUCAGGUCCAUUGGCGAAAAAGAUCGAAGGCGCCAUUGGUCUCGGCCUGGAAGGGAAUGUUGUCGAGGCGUAUAAUUUCUGUGUCUUGAACUACAGACCCGGCGAUCAGAUUAUGUGUUUUGGUUUCUCGAGGGGCGCCUUCACGGCCCGGGCCAUUGCUGGCUUGAUCUCGGAUAUUGGUAUCUGCAGCAAACAGGAUUUGAACCGGUUUCCUGAUCUCUGGGAGGUUUAUAAGAAAACUAAACCAGGCGAGCGGUUUUAUUGCAGUGACCUCUGGUUUGAGUGGAUGGAUGGAAAGGCGGAUGAGAACCAGGGAGCUCGAGGCGAGAGAUUCGUAUUUGAAAAGCGUCCUGAAGGCGACUGGGCCCAGGAAGGGUCGAGAGAUAUAGAAGUUGUUGGCGUUUAUGACACAGUCGGCGCUAUUGGAAUGCCAGAGGUGCUGGGAAUGAAGCUGCCGUCGUGGCUCUUGUGGUGGAUGGAUAAGGAUGGGUGGGAAAAUGUUGGGCUUUCACCUAAUGUAAAACAUGCUUUCCAGGCUUUGGCCCUCGAUGAACACCGCAACGCCUUUUCGCCUACUCUGUGGUAUCUCCACAAAUUUGGAAACGUCACUUCAGAGCAUAUAAAAAUCCAGAAGACGAUGGUUGAUCAGAAAGCUCAACAAUGGGACGACCUCUUGCAAGAAGCGAUCCGUCUGAAGGGUAGCGGUAGGGCUAGUGAUGAGGAUGUCAACAACGCAGCCCGAAGGCUCAACGAGACCGCCAGAGCCUUGAACAAGGAGACCCGAAGACUCAUAAAGCUAGAAGACGACCACAAGCACCAGCACCACCCCCGAACAUUGAGACAAGUGUGGUUCCCCGGCUAUCAUGUCAACAUUGGCGGGGGCUCGAGUGACACCCUCCUAAACGAAGGUGACAUGGAAGAAAUGUCUAAUAUCACCUUUUCCUGGAUGCUGGAUCAGAUCAAACCCUACCUGUCGAUCAAUGACGAGUAUCUCGCCGAGGAGCGAGAAGAGAGAGAAUAUCACAUGUCAACGCUAGUCGAAAAUACAGACCGCGAUGCCUCCUUGGAAGGUUGGGUUCAACGCAAGGCUGCAGCAAUAGCCUCUGUUUUCAAACAUCCCUCCACAACUCCUGCCAAACCCAUCGAAAAGCGACGCAGCUAUGGCUGGGGAACAGGCCCGCUGAAAGACAGCUUUACACCAUUUUACUACGCCAACGGGUCAAAGAGGCGCACGCCUGGAGGUUAUGAUGCUUUCGACAAAGACGGAAACCUGCUGGGAGAGACUUUUGAGUAUAUUCAUCCAGUAGUGGGAUUUAGAGAGAAGCAGAUCAAAGACUACACACCGAUCGGGCCUGAUGUUAAGUUUGCGCGUCGAAAGGCGGUUGAUGAGGAGGGCUGCCCUUGUUAUGUCUAUGAUCUGGGACAUACACGCAAGCCCUUGCCCGAGUGGCGCUUAGGAGGACUUGAGUCUUAUGAAAGACUGGCCAUUGCCGGCAAGGAUGCUUAUGACUAUGUCAACGAACUCGAUCUAUAUUUGAAAACUGGGGUCAAGACACCCCGCCGGUCUGUUUGGGGAGUUCGAGAUAUUGACCUUGGGAUUGAACAGGCCAAAAACACUAAGACCAAAGCUACUGUGCAAAAAGGGGAUUUCAAGUCGGAGAAAUCUCAACUGGAAAAUUUCCAAUUUACGGGCUUUGGGACCAAGGAAAUGCAAAUGAGGAGCUCAGAGAUUUCAUAUGUCGGGGAGCCAGUAGCUCCGAUGUGA